AACAUAUCCUGCCAUCGCUUCCGAAGAGAUCGGAUCGUACGCUCCGCGGCACUCGGCACACUUAACCAGCAGCUGAAGACAGCAGCAGCAGCAGAGACAGUCGGCAAGAUGCGGCAGGACAUGUGGCAGCCACAGGGUGUCAACGGGACGGAGGCCGUAGCCGAUUACUCGGCGCUCUCCUGGUUCAAGCCCGACGAGCGGAUCCGCGACUGGCCGCUCAUGGGCAGCCCCGCGGCCGUCACCAGCGUCCUGGCCCUGUACCUGAUGGGCUGUGUCGUCGUGGGACCCCGGCUCAUGAAAGACUGCAAGGCCUUCUCCAUGCGGCCCAUACUUAUCGUUUACAACAUCGCCAUGGUGGCACUCAGCGUGUUCUUCGCUUACCUGACCGUGAAGCUGGCAUACUUUAAGAGCGGCUACAGCCUGGUGUGCCAGGCGAACGACUCCAAGACGAACCCGUUUUGGGAGGUGAUAUUCUACUACGGCUGGUGGUACGUGAUGCUCAAGGUGGGAGAGCUCCUGGACACUGUGUUCUUUGUGCUACGCAAGAAGAACAAUCAUAUCAGCUUCCUGCACGUGCUGCACCACACACUGGCCCUCAUUACCGUGUGGCUGGACGUGAACCUGGCCAUCAUGGGACAGGUGGCCCUGUUCCCGCUGCUCAACUGCUCUGUGCACGUGGUGAUGUACUCGUACUACGCGCUGGCGGCGCUGCCGCCGUCGAUCAGGCCGAACCUGUGGUGGAAGCGCUACGUGACCAUAUUCCAGAUCGCGCAGUUCUUCGUGCUCAUGGUGCACAGCCUGGUGCCGGUCUUCAAGGACUGUGACUUCCCGCGGCCCUUUGCGGUAUUCAUGGCCCUGGAGGCGGCGCUCUUCUUCUACCUCUUUAGUGACUUCUACGUUAAGAACUAUGGAUCCCAGAAGCAAGGCGACUCUAGUACGAAACUUAAGGGUCAAUAGUGAUGCACCCCCCCCCCCCCCGAGACUGUAUUUAAUCUUCGUUCCUUGCCUGCUCGGACACUCGAAGCCGAAGUGGUGUUGUGCGUGAAAACUACUAGCCAUCCAUGUGUGUGCAAGAGUGUUCACGCCUUUUCUGAUACAUGUGGUCUCCGCUGCCGGUAGACGCAUCGUAAUCGACCGAAGAUUGAACCCUUACCCCUGAGGAAUAUUGCUGAAUGUCUCGUAGUUUUGAGGGAUUACGCACGGUACUGUUUGCUUGGUUUGCGUUGAUAUUACUGGCGAAGGGUGAAAGUUUGUUUGGUUCAUAUGUCGGUUUUACUGUUAACACAUCCCGUAUGUUGGUGCGUAAAUCCAUUAAUUUUUUCUUCAAGAUUCUACGCUUUCAGUAGGAGAUUGUUCAUGUAGCAUGCAAGCGUUUGUGAGAAUGGUGCCUACAAACUAUACGUCGUUUUACAAGCAAACCGUAAGGAUUCAGCUAGUUGAUUUUUUAAAAAACGCAACAACCUGCUGGGGUCGGAUACAUAACAAUUUUAAUUCAUAGUGAUGUUUCAUAGGCUCGCUAUAGCUUCACUAAUAAUAUGUCUAGUAUUCAGACUGGUCGAAAUUUUGUUUCACGAAAAAUCGCAGUGAAAGGCGUUCUCGUGAAUUAAAGUCUAUCUGUAGUUCCGCGAGCAUUUUUUCCCAUUUUAAUACCUAUAUUUUUCCACCCUUAAUUUUUCUUUAGAAUCAAAACAACAGUGGGUACGAAAAACUUACAUUUAGUUUUUGAUUGCUUUGUUUUUUCUCUGGAGAGCUUCAAGUGCUACGACGCACAAUUGUUUUAGAGUCUGCGGGAGCCACAUCACAUAUGCAUCCAGCCUGUGCAGCAACAAGAGGCUUUGACAAGCGUAGUUGCUUAACGCAUUUUGAGUGCCGUUUUAUGAGGGCUAGCUUAGCUGUAAAAAUGUUUUUUUCUACCUUUAUGUUACGCACCAAGAGUUGAAGUCCAAACGCUUGUCGGUCAAAAGUUUUGUUUCCCAUUGCUCUUGUUUCUAUUGUUCAAUCUACAUCUUUAAACUGUCUUGCAUUUUUGAAACAUCCAUCUCAAAAACGGCCUCCGUUUGCUCACUGACGCGUUAAAAAAGUCUUGUUCUGUUCUCAUGCGAAACACGCAAUGACACUGAUGAGCACAUUAAUAAAGAUACGGUAUCUAUAUUGAUAAAUGACUUAGAUCGCGCUUCUCAAAUCUGAACUUCAAAUAUCGCUUGAACUAAACAUUUCAAGAUAACAUAUUUCUAAUCAGGGUUGCACCACUGACAGGUUCAUCCUAAUUUCUACUUGCAUGAUAACGUAAAAUAUUAAAUUUUACACCAAUGUGCAUGUUUGCCUCUUUCGGGAUGUUAUAAAAGCAUGUGAUGGCUCCUACAUGUCCCUGAAUUUCGUAAUGUAAGUGAACUGCGUGUAAAAAAUUAAGGCAUUGACUCGAUAAGUUUGUUCUUAUCAAGUAGUAUCAAGACACUAGUACAUAUGUAAAUUCUUGCGUUUAAGUGUGGGGCCGAUUCGAUCAUAUUUUUUAUUGAACAAAGUUGGCAUUUAUAACGACGUAGAAGCAGCGUACGGUAGAUGGCUUUAACUCAGGUACAUGUUGGAGAUGUUGAGUGAAACAUCUUGGAGCCUGAAGUCUUCGUUUCUUCAUUUUCUCGACGUAUUUUGCAAGAGCAUUCACGUUGACAGUUUCAAAUUUGGUGGUGCUGAAUAGUGAUGUUACUUUAGCUCCAUGGAUCAACGGUUGUUCGUAUUUUUCGUGCUGUUUGUGAAAAAAGAACAAAGAAGAACUUUACGAAUAAAUGUUUUUUUUUUUUGUUUUCCUGAA